AUGUCUGCAUACCUCUUUUUAACUGCUUUGUCACAUGUAACAUCGUCGACCAUCCGUCCAAUGUUGCUCACGAUAUCCCAGCCGACCAAAAGCAAAUUCGGUGGCAGAGACAUCCAUGACUUCUCUGCACGAUCACUACAUCCCUACCCUCGCGUAUCUCCACAACGCAAGUUCGACACUCCCGUGACAUCGCUGCAGGUCAGCGUUCCGAAGGAGAAAAUGUCGACACCACAUCGUGGACUUCCUCCACCGUCGGCCAUGAAUCUGCCAGAUCCCAGCAGGCCCGGCCAGGCGUCUCUUGGUCAACCACUCGCAGGCAUGCCACAUCCGCCAAACCAAUGGCAGGGACAGGAGGAAUCGAUGCGGAACUGGCUGCUGGCGAAAGCAGAAGAAGACAAGCGCAAGCAGGAGGAGGAAAAGACGCGUCAGGAGAGUCUGCGCCUUGAGCAACGCAGGAUCGAGCAGAGCAUGCUUCGGGAGUCGUUGCAGGCUGGUGUUCCUCCUACUAUGGUUCCCAUGAUCUACGCAGGGAUUGGAGGUGCGAAUCUAGCCAACGUCAGUGUGGAUUGGCUACAGCAAUAUGCUGGUCAGCUGCAGGCGGCCCAACAGCACAUGCAACAGCAGCAGCAGCAGCAGCAGCAAUUGCCAUCUCCAGAGAUGAGAAGAGACUCGAGGCUGAUCGGGCACGGGCACGGGCACGGGCAGGCGAGUUACCCAGCUCCACCACAGCCGCAGCAGCAAGCAGUAUCUGUCCAAAGCGCGGAGCCAACUCAACCGAAUGUGCCAUUGCAGACAACCUUUUCUGCGUAUCAACCUGCUGUGCCGAGGAUCGCACCCACCUCUGCUCCACGAUCCGCAACACAUACCCAGCUACCACGUCUGACGACGAACGAAAUGUAUAUCCACCAACCACCCGCUGGUAAUCCAGGAAGUGCACAUCCUUUACAGCAGACUCAAACGAUGUCCGACCAACCAAGCUCUUCGCCUUCGAUAUACUUCCACCAUUGGGUGCCACCAAACGAGUCCAAGGGUCAGCCACAAACACCAGGAAGUAAAGGCGAGCCUAUGUCUGCGCAUCCAGGCUCGCAUCUGUCGGAAGAAAGCUUCAAGGACUCUCCACGGAAACGGAAAGCACAGGGUGGUCAUCAGGCGAACCCACCACCCUCAGCAGGACCGCAAUAUACAUCACCUUCCUUUAGUACGACUUCGUCGACGUCUCGGAAAGCCAACCACGUACGGUCACGCAGUAACGCAUCGCCUCAGGAGUCUGGCGAGAGCAGACCAGAGAGUAGACCGGAGAGCCGCCGAGAUCCGGAGCCACCAAAGUUGUCGCAGCUGGAGAUCAGCGAGGACCGUAAUCAUCGAGAGCAGUUCCGUCAUUACGAUGAGAGACCGGCAUCAGUCAAUGCCGAAGCGAGACCAGACUCUAGGCGAGAGGAUCGAUAA